GACAAGGAUUUCCAUCUAUAUCUACCGCCAUGGUUCUGCCGCUGAUUACCAUCGGAAUACUAGGUAUGGUCUUCCUGUGCACCUACUACAACCAGUACUGGCCUCUUCCUGCAUUGAGAAUCGGCCAGCUGUGGGGGGAGGACGACUUCUACGGUGCACCACCGCUUUUAGUUCACAAGCAUGACUCUUCGCAAGCGCAGACUCAUCCGCGUCCAGUCGUCGACCGCGUCCGUGAGGCGACCGAUCGAAUGAACUUUCAGCGCUACGAGAGCGUCGCCCAGGCACUUCAGGUGGUCCGUUACACACGCGACCUCUCAGUGGAGUCACUCAUCAUUCUACUACCAUUGCUCCUCGGCGUCGCCUUCAAGUUUUGCUGCCGACGCAAGCUAAGUGGACCGUUAUCGAGUAACUCCCAAGCCUCACAUUGUAGCAGCUCGACUCUGCAUAGCCUGUUUGGGGACAGACCGUUGGGAAGCCCAGAGCGAGAUGACCGAACGCUGCGAAGGUACGGGAUAGGAGGGCGACGCUCUCCGGAGGAACUGCCACCCGUCGAGUUUCCGGCGUUAUCGAGUUAUGCGGAAGACUGCAGCGCAGUCUGCGAAGUUUCUGACGGUGAGUUGUUAUGCUCAGGAAGUACACUGACGGAAUUGCCACCGCUUACUGAGGAACGGCUUCUCUACGCGAGCCACGAAAGCAUCACAAGACAGGAACUAACAAUUGCUGGCAAGGUCAAGCAAUGGCUUCCGGGCAUCACGUGCCCAAAUCAGCAGGGUCAUCGGCCUACCACGCACGAGCACGUUCCUAUGAGGCUCAGCAAUGCCGACUCCCGUGACUUCGGAGGUGGUCAGGAAGAAUUACGUUCGAGGGGUGGUCCUACAAUCUUUCGGCCAGCAACAAAGUUAUCGAAAUGCGAGAUGACGGUACUGAUCUUCGGGGCAAUUUCGCGGAAGAGCUGUAUUACCGUACAGGCUCAGAGAGUACCGACGACGCCGAGCAAAUCCAAUUAGACAACGACGAUGAAGACCAGCCUUUACUGGGGCUUUCGGAUAACUAUUCUGACUACCAAAGCAGUAGCGACGAAACACGACACUCAGGAGGGGGAGACGGUGACCGCUCCGAGGUGAACAAUAGCGGACUCUCGGAAGAGAGUGCGUACAUGAAGCUGCCGAGGUUCGAGCGGUCGUCCGAAGACGUGAGCACUUGCUUCAUAGACUAUGAAACCCAGGAGGCAUGGCUCUCGGUAGCAGCGGCUGUCGAUCGCCCGGUCGACCCACGUGCGCAUCUGCCGUCCUCGCCACACCGGCCUCGUAACGCAUUCGACCGUCUAUUUGAGGCCCGCAGACAGCCAGAGCCCGUAGUCUUUUCCACCAUCCUGCAGGAACUUGGGGUUGAGAACUGCGUGAAGCUUCACGAGAGCGAGCACACCGACAUCUUCCUCGCGUCCACCGUGAGCGGCGACACAGUGGUGCUCAAGGUCUGCGACUGCGCUCAUGGGGCGAAGUACCUGCAGUGUCUGAUCAACGAGAUCCGCAUCGGCUGGUCCCUGACGACGCUGGCCGAAGGGCUGGAAAACCAAACAAGAGGCUUUCCUCGUUUUCAUUUGACGCGCCGUGUUUGGGACAGCUAUCCCCGGCUACUUGAAAGCGCGCGCACCAGCUGCUUGAAGAGGCGGAAGUCGGCAGAUCUCAGAGUGCUUGGGCGAAAGCUUUGCUCGCCAUACGUCGUCCUCUGCAUCGACAACGGAGGUGAACCGCUCUCCGAAAUGACGCUAGGGCAGUUCGACAGCGCCCUGCAGAUUCGCUCUGUCGUCCAGCAGGUGGCGCUAGUGGUAGCUGUUGCUGAGGCCGAGCUGGAGUUCGAGCACCGGGUCCUGACUCCUGGACACGUGCUAUUGAAGCCCGUGCGAGGUCGCGUAGCCCAUUACCGCUUCAUGAAUAACGCUGUGUCCGUCGAGUAGCACGGAUGGGAGGCCUGCAUCGUUGACUUUGCUGCGUCUAGGCUGUGCCCGGGUGGGGGAGAAAUACCCGUCUACGUCGACCUGCACGGACUCCCUGAAGAGAAGAGGAACGCUGUUGGCGACAGGCUCGUCCUCAUCGACAGAACUGUUGGGCCCGACGCGUCCCUCUUCCACCCGUACACGAACGUGAUCUUCCUCCACGACCUGGUUUGCGGACUACUGCGCACCCACGAGCCAAUCUUCGCUAAUCGCGCCCUGUCUUCCUGGACAGAUGCCGAGCGGUAAGCUUGGGAGGACCUCACACUGUGGUCAGAGAAGAUCCCGGAUUGCAGCAGUGCCAGAGACUUUGUCAUCGCCCGCGUUCUGUCGAGCACUACGUUCUUCACGUCCCCGGCGAAGGCCGAAGAAGUCUAGAGCCAAUGAAACUGUCGACCUCGUGGAGGAUAAACUCCUCCUUUGGUAUUUACGCAGUUCGCGUUAUCUGAGUAUAAUAAAAUUAGUUCAAAU